CUUCAAGUUCACAAAUCUUACUUUGCCCUCUGGUUCCCUCCCAUCUCCUCCAUUCUUUCUUCAUUCUUCAAAACCUCCAUGUUAUACCUCCACCACUAAUAGUUAUACCUCCACCACUAUUUAACUGCUUUUAGAGGCCGUUUUCUAGCCAUCCCCGGACUCCGCAACGUGAACUUCUGUCACUUACCAUACCAUUGGUGUUGUUGCUGAAGUGUCUAAAUCAUAAGUAGUAAUUUAUUUAAUAAGUCUAAUUUUAUGAUUGACUUUUAAGUGUGCGUGCACAAACUUGUUUGCUUUAGAGUUGAAGAUAGUAUGCAGUAGUUCUAUUUGAUAUAAUUGUCAAAAGUAAACUGAUCUAUCAUAGACAAGUUUAAUACUAUCCCGGUUUAACAUGAGAUGAAAAUAGAAUAAGAGAUUGAUAUAGGAAGAAGAUAUAACACAGCAAAAUUAGUGGUUUUCUCUUGUGUAAAUGCGUUUUACUUGUGCUACCAUAAUACAAUUAACUUCAAGGAGGUGGUAUAAUAUCAUACAGAAAAGAUGCAGAGGAUGUCCCAGAAAAAAUUAGAGGAGUAAAUUAUCAAAAUACUUGCUGAAUCAUUUUUCUUAUAUUGUGCUAUAGAGAAGUACCUAUUGACCUUUGUGUUUUACCAUAUUUAUUGGUUAUUGACGUUGCAAUUUUUUGUUAUUACUGUUGAUUGAUUGAGUAGACUUAGAAAUUGGAAAGCGUGCGGCGACCACUGGAAUCUGAAUAAGCUAGAGCCGCGAGUUCCCGCCAUGUGCGAGAAACAUUUCCCGCUAAUUUCCGCUACCUUUUAAUAUUACCGUUUGAUUCCAUUUCUCUCACUCACUCACUCACUCUUUUCUUUGAACACAUAACACACAGGCAACAAUGUCUUCCUCCCGUCGCAAUAUCAAUGGCCGAUCACCCCUCGUCAAUCCACAGCGUCAAAUCACCGCCUUCUUCACCAAAACCCCUUCCCCUUCCCCUUCCCCUAUUCCUUCUCCUACUCUCUCCAAAUCCAACCCCAAAAUAAAACCUAACCCUAACCCUACUCCUUCCCUUACUACACCUUCCCCUCUCAAUCCCAAACAACACAAACCCAAACCCCUUCUCAUAAUCGGCGCUUCUCCUACACCGCCACAACCUUCUCCUUCUCCUUCUCCCUUCGCUGAUCAAGUCAUUGGCAAAAGGAUCAAAGUUUAUUGGCCUAUUGACGAUGCUUGGUACGAAGGUUUCGUCAAAUCAUUUGAUAAGCUUACCUCCAAGCAUCGUAUUCACUACGACGAUGACGAAGAGGAAUCCAUCGACCUUUCCAAGGAGAAAUUCGAAUGGAUUCAGGAACGUUCUUCGAAGAAGCUUAAACGGCUUCGUCGCGGUUCUUCCCCUAUCAGAAAAAUGGUGAUUGAGGAGAAUGUUGUAGAAGAUAGUCCUAAAGAGGAAAAAGAAGAACAUGAUGAUGAUGAUGAUAAUGAUAAUGAUAAUGAUAAUGAUAAUGAUGAUUCAGAUGAUGAAGAUUGGGGGAAGAAUGCUGUAUUGGAGGAUGUUGGUGAUGAUGAUGAUGAAGAAGAAAUGGAGCUGGAGGAUGAAAAUGAUGUUGCUGCAGAGAGUGUUAAAGGAAAGACUAAUGGCAAGGUUGAACCCAAAAAGCGGAAACUAGGUGAAGCGGCGAAAUCAGAGCCUGCAAAAAAGAGCAGAAGUGGAACUGAAGUUAAUAGGGUAGCUGUUAAGCUCUCACCAUUGGAGCAUGUGAAUAAUUUGGAGGUUAAAAAGACAUCUGAUGGUGCUGACAAUGUUCCAACUGGUGAUGCCUCUGAAAGAUUUGCGUCCCGCGAAGCUCAGAAGUUUCGCUUUCUGAGAGAAGAUCGCAAGGAUGCCAACCGAAGACAUCCAGGAGAUGAAAAUUAUGAUUCAAGAACUCUCUACGUGCCUCCAGAUUUCUUGAGGAGUUUGACCGAAGGCCAGAGACAAUGGUGGGACUUCAAGUCAAAACACAUGGACAAAGUUUUGUUUUUCAAGAUGGGUAAAUUUUAUGAGCUUUUUGAAAUGGAUGCACACGUAGGAGCAAAAGAGCUUACCUUGCAGUAUAUGAAGGGAGAGCAACCUCAUUGUGGAUUUCCAGAGAGGAAUUUCUCAACUAAUGUGGAGAAACUAGCUAGGAAGGGUUAUCGAGUUCUUGUUGUAGAGCAGACUGAAACACCUGAACAGCUGGAGCUUCGUCGCAAGGAGAAGGGCUCUAAAGAUAAGGUUGUGAGACGGGAAAUAUGUGCCGUGGUGUCAAAAGGCACAUUAACGGAUGGGGAGUUCAUGUCAGCAAAUCCCGAAGCUGCAUAUUUAAUGGCACUGACUGAGCACCAUGGGAACCAUCCAAAUGAAAUGUCAGAGCGCACCUACGGUGUUUGUGUGGUUGAUGUUACCACAAGCAGAGUCAUUAUUGGGCAGUUCAACGACGACUCGGAGUGCAGUCACUUAUGCUGUAUCUUGUCUGAGAUCAGACCGGUUGAAAUUGUAAAACCUGCUAAAAUACUCAGUGCUGAAACAGAAAGGGUACUGCUGAAACACACCAGAAACCCUCUAGUGAAUGAAUUAAUUCCAAUUGUGGAAUUCUGGGAUGCUGACAAAACUGUAGAUCAAUUAAAGAGAAUUUAUGGGCACAAUAAUGAUGUUAGUGAUCAAGAUGGUGGAUUAGACUGUCUGCCAGAUGUUUUACUGGAGCUCGUGAAAACAGGUCAUAAUAGCAGAAGUGCACUUUCAGCCCUUGGCGGUGCUCUCUAUUAUUUGAAACAGGCUUUCCUAGAUGAGCAGUUGCUUAGAUUUGCACAGUUUGAGUUGCUUCCAUGCUCUGUUUUCAGUGGUUUUGCUUCAAAACCAUACAUGGUUCUUGAUGCAGCAGCCUUGGAGAAUCUUGAGAUUUUUGAGAAUAGCAGAAAUGGAGAGUCUUCAGGCACGCUCUAUGCUCAAUUAAACCAAUGUGUUACGGCAUUUGGGAAGAGACUGCUAAAGUCAUGGCUUGCAAGACCAUUAUGUCAUGUGGAAUCAAUUAAGGAACGCCAGGAAGCUGUUGCAGGUUUAAAGGGAGUUAAUCUACCUCACGCACUAGAAUUUCGAAAGGAAUUAUCAAAGCUACCUGACAUGGAGCGGUUGCUCGCACGGGUGUUCUCUACUAGUGAUGCUAGUGGAAGAAAUGCUAAUAAAGUGGUUCUGUAUGAGGAUGCAUCAAAGAAACAGCUGCAAGAGUUUAUUUCAGCUCUGCGUGGUCUUGAAGUAAUGGCACAAGCUUGCUUGUCACUUAGUGUCAUUUUGAAUGAUGUCAAAUCUAGACAACUUAGUCAUCUUUUAACACCUGGUAAAGGUCUUCCUGAUGUUUGCAUGGAUCUGAAUCAUUUCAAGGAUGCCUUUGAUUGGGUGGAAGCCAAUAACUCCGGCCGAAUAAUACCUCAUGAAGGAGCUGACAUAGAGUAUGAUUCAGCUUGUAAGGCAGUUAAAGAGAUUGAGUCCAGUUUAUUAAAGCAUCUCAAGGAACAGAGGAAAUUACUUGGAGGCACAUCAAUCUCUUAUGUCAAUAUUGGAAAGGACACAUACCUAUUGGAAGUUCCGGAAAACUUGUGUCAGAAUAUUCCUCGGGAUUAUGAGUUGCGUUCAUCCAAAAAAGGAUUCUCAAGGUAUUGGACUCCAGAUAUUAAAUCGCUUUUGAGAGAGCUCUCGGGAGCUGAAUCUGAAAGGGAGUCCUUAUUGAAAAGUACAUUGCAGAGAUUGAUUGGGCGUUUUUGUGAACAUCACACCCAGUGGAAGCAGCUGGUGUCUGCAACUGCUGAACUGGAUGUUUUGAUCAAUUUAGCUAUUGCCAGUGAUUACUAUGAAGGACCAAAAUGCAGACCGAGUUUUGUUGGCACCUUAUGUACAAAUGAAGCUCCAUACCUCUAUGCUAAAAGCCUGGGACACCCAGUUAUUAGGAGUGAUUCCUUAGGAAAGGGUGCAUUUGUACCUAAUGACAUAACAAUUGGUGGUCCAGAUCACGCCUCCUUUAUUCUUCUUACAGGUCCUAACAUGGGUGGGAAGUCAACCCUUCUUCGCCAAGUUUGCAUGGCUGUGAUUUUGGCCCAGGUAGGGGCAGAUGUCCCCGCAGAAAGUUUUGAGUUGUCUCCUGUGGACCGAAUUUUUGUUCGGAUGGGCGCCCGAGAUAAUAUCAUGGCUGGCCAAAGUACAUUUUUAACUGAGCUUUCAGAAACUGCAACAAUGCUGUCAUCGGCAACUCGUAAUUCGUUGGUGGCUCUGGAUGAGCUUGGGCGAGGGACCUCAACAUCUGAUGGACAAGCCAUUGCGGAAUCAGUAUUAGAACAUCUUGUACGUAGGGUGCAGUGUCGUGGAUUGUUUUCUACACAUUAUCAUCGAUUGGCUAUAGAUUAUCUCAAAGAUCCCAAGGUCUGUCUCUGUCACAUGGCAUGCCAAGUUGGUAGUGGAAUUGAAGGUUUGGAUGAAGUCACCUUUCUUUACAGGCUGACCCUUGGUGCUUGCCCCAAGAGCUAUGGUGUUAAUGUUGCUCGAUUAGCUGGACUACCGACCUCUGUGCUUCAGAAGGCUGCUGCCAAGUCUAGAGAAUUUGAGGCCUCUUAUGGUAAAUGCAGAAAAGGAUCUUCUGAAACAAAUUCUUUGAAUCAAAGUUGGGUUGAUGAGAUAAUAGUUAUCAUACAAAAAUUGAACAAUACUGCUACAAAUUUGAGUUGCCAGGAAACUGUUUGUGAUCCUUCCCUAAGAAAACUUCAGCGUAAGGCGAGAAAACUGCUACAACGAUGCUAAAACUAUUUCAAGACAUUAUUAUUGGAAAUCAAGAAAUAGGUAAAAUAAAUGUUAUACGGCCAUAAUUUUUGUUGAUGGUAAUCUUGAAAAUAGUACAUCAGGAUUUUGUAUAUGUUAGUUAUCAAGCAGAUCUCUUUUGUAUGUUGUAGUCUUGUAAAUAGUUGCAGUGAAAGUGGUAAUAGAGAGAUUGAAUACUACAUACGGUUGGGGAAGUUUUGAAAAUGUACUUUUAUCAGGAUUUCAUUGUGUAUAUUUUUGAAGGAAAAUUUUGGAAUUGAACAAGCAUCAUCAUGAGUAUCAUACACACUGAAGUAAAAAACCUAUUAGUGUAUUAAA